GUGCCUCAGGCCCAGCCGGGGCAGUACGAGCAGAGCAGCCAGAACGUGCAGCAGGUGUCCGAGGCCGAAGUGCGUGCUGCACAGAGGGCAUGGUCGGACGCCAUCAAGAACAUCUCCAAGGUCUACCUGGAGGGUGGCGACUAUGUCAAAGUGGCUGGCGCAGCAGCCGCGGACCUCUACGCCUACGGCCACACCAACGUGCUUUUCAAGCCAACCAAGGCGAAGGAUUGCCAGUUCCGCCCCACGGCGUCCCAGGCCAUGUCCUACUUCGUGGGCUGCAAUGCUGUGGACGAAGGGAUUCCUGAGGACGCAGGCUUUGCCAUCAAUGGUGGCAAAGGCUGGGCCAACGUGGUAUUUGAGAACCACUUCAUCAAUGUCAUGGGCGAGGUUGCCAUUGCCAUGGGCAACUAUUACUUCACUAGCUGCGCUGAUGGAAGCAAGACCAAGGUUGAGUACACCUUCGGCUACACGAAGAAUUCGGACGGCAAGGUGCGCAUCUUUCUUCACCAUUCCUCCGUGCCUUACACUCCAGCCCCUGCUGCAACUUCUGCAAUUUCGGAGGCAGAAGUGCAAGGCCAGCAAGGGAUUAUGA